GCGUGUGCAGUCGGCAGCCAGCAAGAGACGAGACGAGUUGAGUCAGAUCGUUCCUAGCCAGGGACGCGCACGGAGGCAUCACCGCCACUCCUACUUGAGUCGCUGUCUCGCUUGGCACUCGGUGUAAUUUUAGUCCGUGUUGGUGAAUCAGUACUCUCCCUCACCUCGUCCCUCUCAGUGCUGUACCCAAACCUCUUCCUCUUCCUCGUCCACGCUGCAGAUUUCACACACUGCCAAGUAACUCCCUCUCCAAGCCACGGGAGUUAGCACAUCUGCCAUCUUAAAAAUCUAUUUUCACUACCAUCUCCACCGACACCACCAGUAUGCCGGCCAAGCGCGUGCCCACCAGCGACACCACAGAAGCCCUCACGGCGGAGCUGGAGCCCAUGACACCCAAGGAUGAGAGGCCGCCGGGUGAGGUGGGCGAGGAUGAGCCGCAGAAGACACAGCUCAAGAAGGAACUCGGCUUGCUGGAGGGCGUGGCUAUUAUCCUAGGCAUCAUUGUGGGCUCAGGUAUCUUCAUCUCUCCCAAGGGUGUGUUGAGGGAGACAGGCAGUGUGGGCAUGUCGCUGGUGGUAUGGGUGAUGUGUGGCCUCAUGUCGAUGGUGGGUGCCCUAUGUUAUGCAGAGCUGGGCACAUCCAUACCAAAAUCAGGUGGCGACUAUGCAUACAUUAGUGCUGGCUUUGGCUCCCUUCCUGCCUUCCUCUUCCUCUGGGCUGCCAACCUCAUCUUUGUACCCACCACCAAUGCCAUCAUGGCACUGGCCUUUGCCAAGUAUGUGAUUCAGCCAUUCUUCCCCAACUGUGAACUGCCGGAUGAUGCUGUGCGGCUCAUUGCGGCGCUGUCCAUAUGCCUCUUAACGGCCCUGAAUUGCUGGAAUGUGCGAGUCACCACCAAGCUGCAGGACUUCUUCAUGGUGACCAAGAUUGGUGCAUUGCUCAUCGUCAUCCUUGCUGGCGUCAUCCACCUUGGCAUGGGCAACACAGAGAACUUCAACAACUCCUUCCAAGGCACAAGCAGUGAACCAGGCGAGAUAGCCGUCUCCUUCUACUCGGGCAUAUUCUCUUAUGCUGGAUGGAACUACCUCAACUUCAUGACAGAGGAGCUGAAGAACCCUUUUGUCAACCUGCCCCGGGCCAUCUACAUCUCCCUGCCACUGGUGACGCUUGUGUACGUGUUGGCCAACGUUGCCUACCUGGCCGUGCUCACUCCUGUUGACAUGCUGGCCUCAGACGCCAUUGCUGUUACCUUCGCUGACCGCCUGAUGGGGAGUGCCAGUUGGGUGAUGCCCCUGCUGGUGGCCCUCUCAGCCUUUGGUGGCCUCUCGGUGCACAUCAUGACUUCCUCCAGGCUGUGCUUUGUGGGUGCAAGACAAGGCCACUUCCCAGACAGCCUUGCUCUCAUCAACUGCAAAUGCAACACUCCAAUGUCUUCCCUCAUCUUCCUGGGCGUGUUAUCUCUGUUCUACCUCUCCACCACGGACAUUUACCGCCUCAUUGACUAUGCCAGCUUUGUGGAGAGCACGUUCAUCCUGUGUAGCAUCGCCAGUCUGCUGUACAUGCGCUGGAAAUACCCUGACAUGGAGCGUCCCAUUAAGGUGAACAUCAUCGUGCCCAUCGCCUUCCUGCUGGUGUGUGGCUUCCUGGUGUUCCUACCACUAUACGUGCGUCCAUAUGAGGUGGGCAUGGGCCUGCUUAUCACCGGCUCUGGAAUACCUGCCUACUUCCUCUUUGUGUACUGGGAGAACAAGCCGAAAUUUAUCAGAACACUACUUGACCUAAACACUUUCGUGACGCAGGUGCUCUUCAUGUCUGUGAAAACUGAGUGAGGAGUGACUGACUGCACCUCUUCUAUCAUUACUACCAUCACUGCUGCUGCUGCUGCUACUGCUGCUGGUGCCCUACCAUGGCUGCCAAGAAAUGUGUGUGUGUGUGUGUGUGUGUGUGUGUGUGUGUGUGUGUAUAUCAUUAUAUCAUGAAGCCUUCACAUGUUUUACCCACUCAGUUCUGAUUAUGUGCAUCAUGGCAAGUCACACUGUUGGUAGACAAUGGUUAUCUGAAAUGUUCCCUACUUUAAUCCCCCCUGAACUGCUGUUACUGCUGCUGCUGCUGCAUCCUUGGUGAUCUAUUUACAUUUUUGCUCAAGUGGUUUGUGUGUGUGUGUAUGUGUGAAGCAGUGUGAGUGUACUGAUGGAGUGGAGGGCAGCUGGCUGGUGUGAGUGGUGCUGUCAGUGAUGGCAGCAUACACACACACACACACA